GGGUCGGGGGGUGCAGCCGCCACGCUGAUCCUCAACCUGAACGAGAAGCGCAGUGCAGCCGCCACGCUUAUCGUCAACCUGAAUGGGGGUGCAGCCGUCACGCUUAUCCUGAACCUGAUUGCAGGCCUUCCGUUUUACCUGCAGAGUGCCAGCUCCAGGCUCCGGGUCCGAGGCCUCAUCGUUUCACCUAUACAGCAGUUCGAGUUUCAGCUCAGCAGCGUGCCAGUGAAUGCGAGACAAAAGAGCGUGCAGCAUCCGGUGCUCCAGGUUGCAGGCUUUCUCUUUCGCCUGUACAGUGGGCCGGAGACUCCAGGUUUCGGAGCUUCCGUUUCACCUCUGCAGCGGGCCAGCUCCAGAUCCGAGGCCCCACCUUUCCACCUAUACAGUAUUCGAGUUGCAGCUCAGCAGCGUGCCAGUGGAUGCGAGACAAAAGAGCGUACAGCAUCCGGUGAGCCGAAGCGGGAGGAGGCAGCCGCGGACCUCUGCCAAACAGCGGCGGACAUGGACCACCGAUUACCUGCGAAGUUGGGCCCGUUUCGGAUUGUCCCGAGUAUGAACUGCCUUGAGAGCAAGAACAAGAUCCACCUGCCUAGCCUGCCACCGAUACCUGCGGCACUACGAGCCCUCAAGCCGAUCGAGCACCACCUACUCGCCAUGGCACGCAUAUCCCAAGUGGUGCUGGACAAGCUGGUUUGGGGAGGUCCGAGAGGACAGUGGGGCCGGAUGUAUGCCGUGUUAAUGCAGGACCCGUGCAUUUGUGACCUCCUGGAAGGUGCUGUUUUGGAGGAAGACGGCACAGUUAGCGUGCAGGGUGCAGAUGGCAUGACGACAUCUUCGGCUAGGCUGGAGCACUUGCGCCGAGCGCUACAAGAGCUACAGACGCAGCAC